AUGCGCGGAUUUUUCCGGGUGGAGGAUGAUGACCUUUUCUUGUUUCCCAGCUGGUUUCGAGGAUCUUUUGGGUCGGAUCGCAGAUACGGGAUAUCUUCCUCGAGGGAUGUAGUUUUGAGCGCGAAGGAAGACAUCCUUCAAGGUUCGGAAGGAUCGAAUGUAGAAGUCUUCACGAAACUUAGAUCGUACCAGAGCCCGCAUUGGAGGGCUUGGAUGAGCGCUGUUCUGCGAUUGGGGGCUCACCCGGGGUCUCGUCAAGGUCGAGGAGCAUGCUUUGAAUCUGUCGAGGAAGCUCCGUAG